GAUAUAUUUAAACCCUAGCAAGGUUGCUUUCUUCAUUGCAUCCCAGACGGUCGAGUUUUCUCUCUUCAUUGUAAAUUCUUCUAUCAAUAUCUUUCUCUCUCUCAUCAAUGGAGGGCUGCAAGCGUUUGUUUUCAGCACUGUUCCUUCUCCUGCUGCUUCUUAUGGCUACUGAGAUGGGGCCAAGAGUUGCAGAAGCAAGGACUUGUGAGUCUCAGAGCCAUCGGUUCAAGGGGUUAUGCUUCCGAAAGAGCAAUUGCGCCACUGUUUGCCAGACGGAGAACUUUCAUGGGGGUCACUGCCGAGGCUUCCGCCGGCGAUGCUUUUGCACUAAACAUUGUUAGUGAAGGAGAGAGAUUUCAUCAGAAGUUAUCGAUCUAACAAUGGUUUUUCAAACCAUUGAAUCCUUGGAAUUGUCCGGUGUGCCUAUGAAUAAAAAUGCAGUGUGCGUGAUGUUUCGUGUGUUGUUUCAUUUGGAGUCUACUUUGUUUACCUAUUUUGGGGGUGUAGCCUUUUGUUUGUAGAGUGACACUUUGUCUUCUGUUGAAAACUUGGAGUAGUUAUUCAUGUAAUAAUGGAAGAUGAUGUUUCGAAAAUCACAAGAUAAAUCCAAAUUAUAGAUUUUUACA